GUGUGGGGAACAUGAGAGCCAGACCAAAGCUCAGAGGAACCAACCUGGACCUCCACCCAGCCCUGUGUUCUUAAAGACUGACGCAUCUAAACAUGGAGACAUUACUUUUAAUAAAGACGAGACUCUGUUUGCUGCAGAGAGAGAGGGCCAACAGAGCUCAUCAGAGGUUCCCAGUAGUCAGCAUCAAACACACCUGGACAUAUUUCAGAUACUGGAGGACAAAAUCAUCACUUUUGUGAAGAACGAGCUGAAGGAGAUCCAGACAAGCCUGAGUCCAGAUGACCUACAAUGUUUUAAGAAUCAAUGUCAGGAUGAAGAUGUAUUAAAAGGUGUGGAUGAAGAGAAGAGUAAGAGAAGCAAAGAAGCAUUUUUGACAAUUACAGUGGACCUCCUGAAGAGAAUGAAGCAAAAUAAGUUCGCUGAGAAUUUGCUGAGAAGAACCUGCACUAGGAACUUCCACUGGUGUCAGCAUGAAUUUAAAUCUAAGCUGCAGAAGAGGUUCCAGUGUGUGUUUGAGGGCAUCGCUAAAGCAGGAAACCCAACCCUUCUGAAUCAGAUCUACACAGAGCUCUACAUCACAGAGGGAGGGACUGCAGAGGUCAAUGAUGAACAUGAGGUCAGACAGAUUGAAGCAGCAUCCAGGAAACCAGACAGACCAGAAACAACAAUCAGACAUGAAGACAUCUUUAAAAACAUUUCUGGAAGAGAUGAACCAAUCAGAACAGUGCUGACAAAGGGAGUGGCUGGCAUUGGGAAAACAGUCUUAACACAGAAAUACACCCUGGACUGGGCUGAAGACAAAGCCAAUCAGGACAUCCAGUUCAUAUUUCCAUUCACUUUCAGAGAGCUGAAUGUGCUGAAAGAGGAAAAGUUCAGCUUGGUGGAACUUGUUCAUCACUUCUUUACUGAAACCAAAGAAGCAGGAAUCUGCAGGUUUGAAGACUUCCAGGUUCUGUUCAUCUUUGAUGGUCUGGAUGAGUGUCGACUUCCUCUGGACUUCCACAAAACUGCAAUCCUAGCUGACCCUAGAAAGUCCACCUCAGUGGAUGUGCUGUUGACAAAUCUCAUCAGGGGGAAACUGCUUCCCUCUGCUCAGGUCUGGAUAACAACUAGACCUGCAGCAGCCAAUCAGAUCCCUUCUGAUAGUGUUGGCAUGGUGACAGAGGUCAGAGGGUUCACUGACCCACAGAAAGUGGAGUAUUUCAGGAAGAGAUUCAGAGAUAAGGAGCAAGCCAGCAGGAUCAUCUCCCACAUCAAGACAUCACGAAGCCUCCACAUCAUGUGCCACAUCCCAGUCUUCUGCUGGAUCACUGCUACAGUUCUGGAAGAUGUGCUGGAAACCAGAGAGGGAGGACAGCUGCCCAAGACCCUGACUGAGAUGUACAUCCACUUCCUGGUGGUUCAGGCCAAAGUGAAGAAGGUCAAGUAUGAUGGAGGAGCUGAGACAGAUCCACUCUGGAGUCCAGAGAGCAGGGAGAUGAUUGAGUCUCUGGGAAAACUGGCUUUUGAUCAGCUGCAGAAAGGAAACCUGAUCUUCUAUGAAUCAGACCUGACAGAGUGUGGCAUCGAUAUCAGAGCAGCCUCAGUGUACUCAGGAGUGUUCACACAGAUCUUUAAAGAGGAGAGAGGACUGUACCAGGACAAGGUGUUCUGCUUCAUCCAUCUGAGUGUUCAGGAGUUUCUGGCUGCUCUUCAUAAACACUUGGAAGAACAGCAAUUGCCUUCCAAGAUGUUUAAGCGGAGUCAUUCUUUAGAGAGGCUGAUUUUAUUUCAGAGUGCUGUGAACAAGGCCUUACAGAGUCCAAAUGGACACCUGGACUUGUUCCUCCGCUUCCUCUUGGGUCUUUCACUACAGACCAAUCAGACUCUCCUACAAGGUCUGCUGACACAGACAGGAAGUAGCUGGCAGACCAAUCAGGAAACAGUCCAGUACAUCAAGGAGAAGCUCAGUGAGGAUCUGUCUGCAGAGAAAAGCAUCAAUCUGCUCCACUGUCUGAAUGAACUGAAUGAUUGUUCUCUAGUUGAGGAGAUCCAACAGUCCCUGAGAUCAGGAAGUCUUUCCACAGAAAAACUGUCUCCUGCUCAGUGGUCAGCUCUGGUCUUCAUCUUACUGUCAUCAGAAGAAGAUCUGCAUGUGUUUGACCUGCAGAAAUACUCUGCUUCAGAGGAGGCUCUUCUGAGGCUGCUGCCAGUGGUCAAAGCCUCCAACAAAGCUCUACUGACCUACUGUAACCUCUCAGAGAGAAGCUGUGAAGCUCUGUACGCAGUUCUCACCUCACCGCCCUGUAAUCUGAGAGAGCUGGACCUGAGUAACAAUGACCUGCAGGAUUCAGGAGUCAAGUUUCUUUCCGCUUUAGUAAAGAGCCCACACUGUAAACUCGAAACUCUCAGUCUGUCAGGCUGUCUGAUCACAGAGGAAGGCAGUAAUUAUCUGGCAUCAGCUCUGGCCUCAAACCCUUCUCAUCUGAGAAAGCUGGACCUGAGCUACAAUCAUCCAGGAGACUCAGGAGUGAAGCUGCUGUCAGAUGGACUGAAGGAUCCAGGCUGGAGACUGGACACUCUCAGUUCGCCUCAACAUACGCUCGUCAUAUUCUGUGAUAUGAUUUACUCUGUGUUUGACAAGAUCGACACAAACACAGUGAACACAGAGCUCCAACUGUCUGACAACAACAGGACGGUGACACAUGUGGAGGAGGUUCAGUCAUAUCCUGAUCAUCCAGACAGAUUUGAUGUUCAUCAGCUGCUGUGUGCAAAUGGUCUGACUGGUCGCUGUUACUGGGAGGUCGAGUGGAGAGGAAGGGUUUAUAUAUCAGUGAGUUACAGAAGCAUCAAAAGGAAAGGAGAAAGUAAUGACUGUGAAUUCGGACUCGAUCAUCAGUCCUGGAGGUUGCACUGCGCUAAUGAUGGUCCUGUUUAUGUCUGUCACAAUAAGACAUUUGCAUCCCCCUCCUCCUCCUCCUCCUCUGUCUCUAACAGAGUAGCAGUGUAUCUGGAUCAUCCUGCUGGCACUCUGUCCUUCUACAGAGUCUCCUCUGACACUCUGAUCCACCUCCACACCUUCAACACCACAUUCACUGAACCUCUUUAUCCUGGGUUUUGGUUAAAUUAUAAUUCCUCAGUGCGUCUGUGCUGAGUUGAGAGUAAAGAGUGUCUUCCUGUUAGACAAACACUCUGACUGUUGAACAGAUAGUUCAGUCUGUACAUGUCUGUCUCUUUCACUGGAAACACAUUUUCAGAUUCAUGGAUUCAAUCAGUUGAUGUUUAAAACUGUUCUAAAUGAUUCAUUGUAAACUUCUUCCUAUUCAGUCCUUAAAGAUGGAAGUUACCAUUAUUCCAGGAUCCCGGUGUUGCUUUUCUUUUUCCGCUUCACAGUGAAUAUCAGUGUGUUGUGUUUGUGUGAAGCUCCGUGUACAACCAGCUCCUCUGCAUUUUCAACAAGUCUGAGCUCAUUGAAACAAAUCCAAAUGUUUCAUUUGUUUUUCUUAAUGGGAUUUUUUCCAAACUCUCCACAGGCUCUCACUGUUUCACUCAUUGUUGGAAGCUCAUCAUUUGAAAAUGUUUCAGCCAUAUAAGCUGAAAAUAUUGGCUCAAUAGUUCAAACUUAAUAUGAUUGUAUUGAGGGAUCAUAAUGGAUAUGGCUUAUUUAAUAAACAGCAAACCCUGCAUUAAAACACUGUAACAUUGACAUCUUUUCCACAGAGACAAUUUUAACCAGAAUAUUUUGUAGUGUGUCGGUAAGAGCUUGGAUAUGAGAUUUUCAAAUAAGAUUUAUUAUUAUUAUUACCUGCUUAUUUUUCGUUCCUUAUUUUGUAAUGUCCUAUGUUAGUGCUGUUACGAUAUAAAUAUAUAUCCUUAAUGCUUAUUUUCUGUUUAUAUUGUUUUAUAGAGCCCAGUGUAGGAAAACGCCCUUGUGAGUUAGAAUGUAUGCCAAAAGUCACAGAGUAGACUGCACGUCUUGUGCAGAAAACAUGAAGUAUAGAAAAAGCGGAACUAACUGUGUGUGUGUGUGAGUGUGAGAGUGAGUGAGUGAGUGAGUGAGUGAGAGAGAGAGAGAGAGAGACGUGCAGCAGAACUAUAUAACCAUGCUGGCUUCCAAUGCUUUCAGACCUGAGCUUGUGUGAUCGUGUGGCGGGUCUCCAUUUCCGGAAAUGUAAAAAUAAAGAUCAUUUUUUGAGCUUGA